AUGGCUUCCAAGGUUGGGGGAGUGCUGACCGCUAUACAGUCUCAAUCUUACGGCCGUGUGCUUACGGCUGCCUGUGCCCUCAUCGGUACCGCUGCUGCUGUUACCACUCUUGAAGUGGAUGGCAAGGACUUUGUCAACUCCGAGACUAAGGAGCGUUUCCAGAUCAUCGGUGUCGACUACCAGCCCGGUGGUGAAUCUGGCUUCAGCUCCACCAAGGAUCCCCUGAGCCAGCCUGAUGCCUGUCUUCGUGAUGCUAUCCUGAUGCAGUCACUGGGCGUGAACACUAUCCGUGUUUACAAUGUCGAGCCCACCCUUGACCACAACGAGUGCGCCUCCAUCUUCGAAGCGGCCGGCAUCUACAUGAUUCUCGAUGUCAACUCUCCCUACUCCACUGGCUCGCUGAACCGAGCUGAGCCCUGGACCAGUUACACCGCUGGCUACUACGAGCAGGUCUUCGGUGUUAUCGAGGCCUUUAAGGCGUUCGAUAACGUCCUCGGUUUCUUCGCUGGAAACGAGGUCAUCAACCAAGACGCUGCCUACAUUGCCCCCGCCUACGUUCGUGCUGUCGUUCGUGAUAUGAAGCAGUACAUCAAGAACAAUGUCAACCGUACUAUCCCCGUUGGUUACUCUGCUGCUGACGUUCGUGAUAUCCUGAUGGAUACCGCCAACUACUUCGAGUGCAGCCUCUCCAACUCCACUGAGUCGUCCGCUGACUUCUUCGGUCUGAACUCCUACUCCUGGUGCGGUGAUGCUACCUACACCUCUUCCGGAUACAACGUCCUCACCGAGGACUUCUCCAACGCCACCUUGCCCGUCUUCUUCUCCGAGUAUGGAUGUAACGAGGUCACUCCCCGUACCUUCAGCGAGGUUCAGGCUCUGUACGGCGAGGACAUGACUCAGGCUUUCUCCGGUGGUCUCGUCUACGAGUGGACCCAAGAGUCUAACAACUACGGUCUUGUCGAUGUCAACAGCAGCAGCGUCGUUACCACUCUGGUCGACUUCGAUAACCUUAAGAAGCAGUUCAACCAGAUCGACAUGGACCGCAUCUCGACUGCCAACAAGACCCAGACCAGCAUUGAUGCCCCUGCCUGUGCCGCUGAUCUUAUCACCAGCUCGGACUUCUACAACUCCUGGGACUUGCCCGAGGCUCCUUCCAAGGUUUCCGACUACAUCAAGAGCGGUCUGCCCAACGCUCCCUCCGGUUCCGUUGUCUCUGUCAGCAGCACCUCUCUUUCUCAGACCGUCUACGACUACACUGGCGCUCAGAUCACCGGCCUUACCUUGAAGGUUCUGACUGGUGAUGAGUCUGCUGGUCCCAGCGGUACCUCCACUUCCUCCUCUUCCAGCGGAACCGCUUCCUCCACCAAGAAUGCUGCCAUGGCCAACAGCGCUCCCCUUGCCCUUGGUGGUAUUAGCGGCUUCUUCAUGCUUCUUGCUACCCUGGUUUAG